UGUUCAUCAACGUCCCAAUACCAAUAUUGAGAGAGAAAACUCUUAUAAAUAACCUUUAACACUCUAAAUUUCUUCACAUACAAAACAAGCCGUAGCCAUCAUAAUUAUUUAGGCCUUCAAGCUCUGCAAUUUGUUGAACAAUGUCUGAGGAGGUUACUCUUCUGGACUUUUGGGCUAGUCCAUAUGCAAUGAGAUGCAAAAUCGCUUUGGCUGAGAAAGGUGUCAACUAUGAGAAUAAGGAAGAAAAUCUCAAGAGAAAGAGCCCUUUGCUUCUCCAGAUGAACCCUGUUCAUAAGAAGGUCCCUGUCCUGAUCCAUAAUGGGAAACCCAUCUGUGAAUCACUGAACAUUGUUCAAUACAUAGAUGAAACUUGGAAGGGUAACUCUCCCUUGUUGCCUGCUGAUCCUUACCAGCGUGCUCAAGCCAGGUUCUGGGCUGAUUUCAUCGACAAGAAGGCCUUUGAAUCAGGGGCAAAGUUAUGGAAGACCAAAGGAGAAGAGCAUGAGAAAAUGAAGUUGGAAUACAUAGAAUGCUUGAAGGUGUUGGAAGGGGAACUUGGUGAUAAGCCUUACUUUGGUGGUGAGAGCUUUGGGUUUGAGGAUGUCAGCCUUAUCCCUUUCUACUGCUGGUUCUAUGCAUGUGACAGUUGUGCAAACUUCAGCGUUGAAGCUAGUUGUCCAAAGCUGGUUUGUUGGGCCAAGAGGUGCAUGGAGAAGGAGAGUGUGUCAAAGUCCCUUCCUGAUCCUCAGAAGAUUUAUGAAUACGCUAUGCAUCUAAGGAAGGUUGUCGGGGUUGAGUGAGUGAGAGAGAGAGAGUAGCUUCAGAUCUGGAAUUUCAAUUACUAGUAGGUUACUAGUAGGUAUUGUGUUCACAUCCUGUGUUCUUUAUUAUAGCUAUGGACCAAUGGAUGUCGUUUUGGGCCUGUUGGUGUUUACCCUCUACUUCUUUAAAAUAAAGGAAAGUAUUUCCUAUGG